AUGCAGAGACCACCAGCAGAACUGCGGAUUCCUGCAGCACCGACGUUCCCUUUGUCGUCCCCCAUCACAGAAGAGGUUCCUAGCCCGGCGCCAUCGUCUCCGGAAGACCAUGAUAUGGAAAGAAACCGACCCUUCGCUUUCCUCAAUAAGGCAACACGCAAGAACCCGUUUAUACAUAAAGCAGCACAUGAUCAGCAUGUACAAGAGCAGGAAGCAGUGGACGGGACACAGAAUUCCUAUCAGGCGAAACCGCUGGGUCUUUACACCGGGAAGAGGUCAAACCGACCUCCUGGAUUGAAUUUAGUCACAGAUUUCUCCCCGUCCUCUCCGAAAGGCCUUCAAGAUACGUCAGUGCCGACCGUCAUGGAUUUGAAUGACUUGAAAGCGCUCUCAAAGGCACGAGAACAAGAGAGGGCCACGCAUAGUAUCAGAGGGAUACUGAAGAAGGACUCGAACCAGGAUGUUGACCAACCUCCGGAUAGACCCUCCAAUCUAGAAAAGAAACGACUGUCCUAUCUCAAUUUCCGGGGAAGAAGGAAGGCCAAAGACGAUCUAUCACCAUCUGACCGACCUAUCAUGAUUGGGCUCAGCAUGCCAUUUGACGGAUCCCCGAGUUCUCAUGAGAAUCAGCUGAAAGUGAACACAGGAGAUGCCCAACGAGCGACACUGACCCCGUCUAUCAUUGUCACGCCAGCCAAAGAAGACACAUUCUGGCCCGACAUUGGCAUAAUGCAUCCACGACCUAGGGUAGCAUCCAGCAUAUACUCCCAACCAACACCUUACCCCGAUGACAAUGACAGGGACCUAGAAAUACCGCCGGUGCCUGCCAUUCCAGAUUUUCCCUUUCUUAGAGGGGCUGGAAACACAGGAAACGAGCCUGCACAGAGGCGCUCUAUAAUUACGACAGGGAGACAGCGUGCGUUCUCGACCGGGACUGUGUUUGAAGAAGAUGAUAUGCGACGUGCGAGUCGUUCUCGUUCUUACUCCAGUGGGACUGUCAAAAAGAUCCCGGAUAGAUUAAGCAUCAACACCGAAACAAACAGACAUCAAUCUGAAGGCUGGUGGACCUACCUUCUUUCGCCUUUGCUGGGUCGCUUCAGCGCAGUCAUGGGUAAUACCACACCAACGGAGGCUGCUAGACCACCCGUUCCCAGUAUUAGAACCCACUUAACAGCAUCGAGCGAUGAGUGGUGGGAAAAGGAAGUAUCUUGCUUCUCCCCCGACACGCCGGAGGCAACGGAAGCCCACCACAAGGAUGAACUAUCGGAUUGGUCAGAUGAUAGUGUGAACCCAUUCGAUGAGAAAGACUUGGACAACCAGGAUCGUACCGUGGAAACAAGGGAUCAAGAUGCAUUCUCGUUCAUGUUUCCGGGCCAGCCGAUUCAAGGAUCUGCCGCUGAGUACUACCAAGCCUGUGCUCACGAAUUGUUCAGUGGGAGGCCGUACUUCGAAUGCGUCAACCAUAUUUGCUCCCUAACGCCCAAAGACAAGAUACCAGGCUAUGCUGAGAAUGCAGUUUCGACCAUUUCACACCAAAGGGGCCUCCUUAUCGAUGUGGAGGACACUCCACGGGAUGAAAAUCGAAGCUCAAAAGUCGCUACUGCAGAGCCGCAGACCUUGUACGAACCGAGUGUAAUAGACAAGAGGUCCGAGAUUUCCCUAAACGAUCUCAAGGAUAAUGACACUCCAGGCAAUAACCUCAGUGGACAUCCCCCAACUGAGUACCAGCUAAGUCAACAUCCUCCGAAAAGUGAACACCCUCCAAGUGAUCCAAUUGCGCACCCUCCAAUUGCGUAUACUCCUAGUGAACAUCCUCCAAGUGUGCAUCCUGCAAGUGUGCAUCCUCCAAGUGUGCAUCCUCCAAGUUCUCCCAGUGAGCUUCCUCCCAAUGACCCUAUCCCCAAUGAACAAACAAGAGAGAUUCCUCAAGAAGCUGCACCUGUGUCCCAUGUUCAUGGAGAGACAGAAGGACUAGCACCACCAGCAGACAAUCAAUCUGAAAGAAAGAUAUCUUGGCCCAUCUUCCAGCCAGUCAUCCAACCAGCGCCCCAGCCAGCCAUACAGCCGGUAAUUCAACCAGCACCUCAACCGGUCAUUCAGCAUGUAAUUCAGCCAGCACCUCCCAGCCAGCACAUUUAUGCUCACCCUGCUACUGUCCCAUCACCGAUUCUUAUAGCUCCCCCAAAUCGAGCUCUUCCUCAGCAUUUCAUGUUCCCCACUCACGAUCAUGAAGCACAGCCACAACCCCCAAACCCUACGUCUCCUGGCCUUCAACAAGCUACUGAGAGAGGUGAAUCGAUUCCAUUAUCCGAUAUGCAUACUAGCCCAGCGCCUGCAUACACUUCCAGUCACCAUAGCUCUUCUGCUCUACUGCCUCGCAUGGAGCCACAUCCAACUACGCGAGAGGAAGUGACAAACACGACCAUAGAAAGGGAGAUUAUCGAGAUUCGACGAAAACCGUUGGAAAAGAAAGAAGAUAGAAAAGACAAAAAGAGCAAAAAGAUCUUCGCGUUUUGUUGUUGUUGUUGUUGUUGUGGGAGAGGCCAGUCCAAGAAAGACAAAAAUGGAAAGGUGAAACGCCGGUGGUACCUGGCGAUCAUGACGUCCUUUCUCAUAAUCAUAGCAAUCAUCCUCCUCUUGGUGAUGACUUUGAAAAAGAAGGGCGAUUCAACACCAGUGCAGUCGCAAUGGCUCAAUCUCACCGGCUACCCACCCAUGCCUACCGGUAUCGCCACGAUUGCAGGACCAGAACCUCAGACACAGGUCUCAGGAUGCAUAGCUCCAUCCACCCUUUGGAGCUGUGCUCUACCGCCUGAAGAACAAUCUGCAAAUGCGCCUUACGCCGCCAACGAGCCGAACUUUCGCGUAGAAAUCCUAUUCCGCAAUGGAACCUAUCCUAACAGCACAACAAUUGCCUCAAAGUCCAGCAAGACGCUCUCCUCUAGAAGCUCCGACAAUCCCUACAGCCCAUCACCAUCACCUCCAAGCUUGAAGGAUCAGACCUUCCUCGGUAACACCACAGACAACAACACCGUCCCCUACGCAGGCGAGGAAACCCCCUUCUACAUGACCAUCCUCUCAGCCAGCCACUUAACGUCUACAUCCACCCUUCGCCUGGCGCGAAGAUCCGAUAGCUCCUUCCCUAACCUUGCAACCAUCAUUCCCUCACCAGAUGAGAACUCCGAUGGAACUGCCGCCGCUGCAAACCUAUACCCACAGCCCUCAUCCCAGCCAGUUCGCCUCUAUAACCGCGGCCUCAGCACAGAACACUACGGCUUCUACACCUACUUCGACCGCUCCAUCUUUCUCUCCUCCCUGGCCCCCGUCAAUGGCAGUACAACCGAUGAUGACCCCAACGACAAGGACGGCGGAUCCAACGAAUCCGACGCCCGUGUCCGAUGCACAUGGUCGCAGACCCGCUUCCUCGUCCAAAUCUGGACCCGCUCCAACGACGCCCUCCUCAAGAAUUCAACAAACGCAUCCUCAACAACCACAACAUCCGCCGCAACAGCCACAGCCACAGCAAACUCGUCCGCAACGUACUGGACUCGCCCCGGAUCAUUUCCAUACCCCGUGACCAUCACACUAGAUCGGCACGGCGGGAACGCAAAAGAGAAAAUGGUAUACUGUUACGGCAUGGAGAGCAAUGAGAAGAUCAACUCGUCGGACGUGAAACUGCAGAUUGAGAACCGGUCGUACGGUGGUCAAUUGGUCAAUCCAGCCCCGGGCAUCUUCGACCUGUAUAGUAAUUCUUCGAGCGAUGCCACUGGAGAAUGGGGCGGCGUUGAUGAUUCGCUGACGAAGCUGCUAUAA